ACGAAAAAUAAAUAAUGUAAUAGUCGAAAUUACAAAAUCAGUCAUAAUAAAAUCAUAUACACUAAAUUAGUAUGUACUUAUCAAUAUAGGAAAGGGAUCAUGGUUUAGAAUAAUUGUCUUACUCAAGAUCACGUAGUUCCAACGUUAUCUUCUGGGUGUCUUUUCCAUUCACCGACAACACAUCAACAUGGCUAACUUCCACUACCUGACCUAUGACAUCUGCAGAACGGGAAUUUAUAUUAUAAUCUUUGAAUAAUAGCUAGAACAAAACUUUUUUAAAUAAUUACGUACCAACCAAAUGAUCCGAGUUGAGUGAACCAUCAAGAAUCUCACGGUAAUUAACAGGUUGAAACCCAUUAAUAGCUCUUGGCAAAUCCUCACAGAUUUUGACACGGGUUGUCGCAAGGAAACUGAUCUUGUAAGGAUGACUUGUUGUUCGGUAGGAACCGCAUGAGUGAUUUAGUGAGAAGUUGAUCAUCAUCUUUGUUUUCCCUUCAGCAAGAAAGGGAUCGAACUGGUUAACCAAUUCUUUCUUCACAGUUGCAUGAAUCUUAUCACCCUGUAUAAAUAUACACGACAUGAAUAAUAAGUACAAAAAAAUAUGGCAAUAACAGAAGUCACAGAAACGAUUAAAUAAAGUUUAAUAAAAACUCACGUUAGCAUCAAUAAGAACCAUCUCUAUGGUUAAACCACCAGCAGCAGUAAACUGUUUCCAAAGGCGUAUGAUCUUCACCCUGAUCUUUCACAUUGAUUUGAAGGGUUUCAGAUCAGCAACUGGGUUAAAGCCGGCCAUUAGAGAAGUCUGAAAGUUGCUACGGAGUAUUAUUGGAUUUUAGAGAUGAAGAGGAAUGAUGAAAGAAAAGCAGAGAACGGGUCACCUCUUUUAUAGUCAAACCUAGAGAUAUUCAGCCGAUCUAAAUUUCCAUAUAUAAAUUAAAUUGAACGUCAUAUGUAAAUUAAUCAUCUCUAUUAUUAAGGAAAUAAUGUAUUUUGUAUAUUGAGCUUACCGCAUUGUAUUAGAUGUAUGUACCAUAUUAUUUACCCAUUUAAUGUCAUGUAAUAAUGGAACAUUGAAUGCGUUUACUUGGACAAUACUCCAAGUAAAUAAAUUCCACUAAUAACAUUUAUGAGUUAUUAAUGCUAAACGUGGACAAUAAGGGUUAUUGAGAUCCAUGCUUGUCACAUUUGGGAAACUCUAAGAAGGCUUUUAUAUUUAUUACAAAAGCCCGAUUGUCUAAACUAUAACACAAAAUAAUUUGAUUAGCAAAUUCGAAGACAACCAUUAUUAGAUUUUAGAAAACGAAAAAUGACUAUAUAACAACGACAAUAACUUAUAAAUGUAAAUCACACAUGUUAUAGAUUGUACGUUAACUAUGUUUAAGGUUGAAAUCCACAAACUUUUUUGAUCAAGACACAGAAAUACAAAAAACAUAUACCAUACAAACACGUAUUGUAUUAACAAAGCAUGCACGAUAACUUUUAUAACAUUUGCCACAGUUAUAUUAUUUUGUAAAGGUGACUUUGUUAGGCAGUUAUUAUUAAUUAUUAUUAUUUAUUAAUACUACCAAUAGAGAAUGCACGUUAGUUAUUGCUUCCGCGUUUUUAAUUCAUAAUGUUAUGGAUUGUGUAAUAAUGGUAAUGGAGGUCCAAUGUAACAAAAAAUGUAUUAUCUCUAGUAAGACCUAAGUUUUUUAAUUAGAGCCUCUGAGAAGCCUUGUGGAGCUGACACCUAAGCACUGAUUACAAAGUCACAACUUAAAAAUGUUUCUCCUUUAAUAUAUAGGGGAUGGGAUAGGAUUGUCAUUUUUGAACACAAUGUUCUCUAUUGUUAUUGACCAAAUUAACUAUAAUAGAAAAACACAUCUAUCAUUCUUUUUUUGGUCGGCACUCAAAUAUUCCAUAUUCUAUUAUCAACUCGCAGAACUUAUUCCAUAAGUCUGUGUCAAAUCAUUUGAACAGAAGCUCUAAAAAAAAAAAAAAGAGAGAUACGGACACUAGACUUUCAAUGAGUUAAUAUUUUUAUUAUCAUUUGAAUUUAUUAUUUAUUUUAUUUACGUGAUUUCUAAAGUAUAAUAUUCUAUUGACACGAGUGCGUUAACUUUUUGCUAAUGUGUUAUGGGGCUAUAUAUAUAUGGUCAUAUAGACAUAAUUUAUUCAGUAUAGAGAGGUAGCUCGCAAUGUCUUAGAUCUUUGGUAUAUCUUCAUCUUUUUUAAAUUAUCGUGCUCAAAUGUUCCUGGAAAUGAAAACACAUAAUCAUUCAACGAUCUACCAUAGUUUCUCAGUUAGUUUCAUAUUCAAAUGCAUCAGAGUUCUCCUCAACAGAUCUAUUGCUCUCUUGCCUUAAAUUAGACGACAUUUCUGGGUUUUUUUCUUCCCUCUCUUCUUCUAGGUUGUAUGUAAACCCAUAUAAUAAUAUUCAUAUCGGAAAAAAAAAAGAAAGAAGAAUGUCAAGAAAGCCUUGUUGUGUGGGAGAAGGGCUGAAGAAAGGAGCAUGGACCACCGAGGAAGACAAGAAACUCAUCUCUUACAUUCAUGAACAUGGCGAAGGAGGGUGGCGUGACAUUCCCCAAAAAGCUGGACUCAAAAGAUGUGGAAAAAGUUGUAGAUUGCGUUGGGCUAACUAUUUGAAACCCGAUAUAAAGAGAGGAGAGUUUAGCUACGAGGAGGAGCAGAUUAUCAUCAUGCUUCAUGCUUCCCGUGGCAACAAGUGGUCGGUGAUAGCGAGACAUUUGCCAAAAAGGACAGACAACGAGGUCAAGAACUAUUGGAACACACAUCUCAAAAAACGUCUGAUCGAUCAGGGCAUCGAUCCCUUGACCCACAAGCCACUUGCUUCUAGCCCUAAUCCGGCAACGACCAGGACUUCUGAAGGCCAAGAUGACUCAAACCCGAGUAACCUGGAUGAGCAAUCACAGUCUGGUUCGAUGUCUCCAAAGUAUCUUCCUAUUUCAUCAAGCUCAUGCAAUCUACAAAAGAUGAGCAACAGUGAUGAGACAACGAGAAACAAUGGUUCCUUGAGCUCCAAGAAAUGUCGUUUCAAGAAAUCGAGCUCUACAUCAAAACUGUUAAACAAAGUUGCAACGAAAGCGUCUUCCAUUGGCAAUAUGGUUUCAGCUUCCGUGGAAGGAUCCUUAAUUCGCUCAACAAUACUUUCUCCAUGUCUCAAUGAUGUCUUCUCCGAAACUAGUCAAUUUCAGAUGGACGAAUUUGAUCCAUUCUCUCACUCAUCUGAACAACACAUAACUGAUCAUAUGAAGGAAGAUAUCAACAUGGACUUUGAUCUCAAAAAUUCCGAAUUCGAUUUCUCGCAGUUUAUCGAGCAAUUUAGUAACAUUGAAGCCGAAAAAGCCAAUGCCAUUGGAGGAUAUAACCAAGAUCUCCUGUUGUCUGAUGUCUCAUCAACAAGCGUUGAUGAAGACAAUAUAAUGCAAAACAUAACCGGUUGGUCCAACUAUCUUGUUGACGAUUCCGAUUUUCCUUAUGAUACGAACCAAGAUUUCGACGACAAGAACUUCAUCCUCCUUAUCAGAUUUUAG